AUGGGAUGCAGCCUGUGUUCCCUGCAGAAGCCCGAUGAACACUACAAACUACUCUACGAAAUCUGCCAGCUGGGCGGAGACUGCACACAUUCAGCACAGGCACUAAAAGGCUUUGUUUGUGGAUUCCAAGCAACCAGCGGAGACAUAAAAGGUUUUAUAACAGCGCAGUUAUCCUCCCUCCUCCCUGUGCCUCCCUCCUCCCUGUGCCUCCCUCCUCCCUGUCCCUCCCUCCUCCCUGUGCCUCCCUCCUCCGUGUGCCUCCCUCCUCCCUAUGCCUCCCUCCUCCCUGUGCCUCCCUCCUGCCUGUGCCUCCCUCCUCCGUGUGCCUCCCUCCUCCCUGUCCCUCCCUCCUCCCUGUCCCUCCCUCCUCCCUGUCCCUCCCUCCUCCCUGUGCCUCCCUCCUCCCUGUGCCUCCCUCCUCCCUGUCCCUCCCUCCUCCGUGUGCCUCCCUCCUCCCUGUGCCUCCCUCCUCCCUGUGCCUCCCUCCUGCCUGUGCCUCCCUCCUCCGUGUGCCUCCCUCCUCCCUGUGCCUCCCUCCUGCCUGUGCCUCCCUCCUCCCUGUGCCUCCCUCCUGCCUGUCCCUCCCUCCUCCCUGUGCCUCCCUCCUCCGUGUGCCUCCCUCCUCCCUGUGCCUCCCUCCUCCGUGUGCCUCCCUCCUCCCUGUGCCUCCCUCCUCCGUGUGCCUCCCUCCUCCCUGUGCCUCCCUCCUGCCUGUGCCUCCCUCCUGCCUGUGCCUCCCUCCUCCCUGUCCCUCCCUCCUCCCUGUGCCUCCCUCCUCCCUAUGCCUCCCUCCUCCCUGUGCCUCCCUCCUGCCUGUGCCUCCCUCCUCCCUGUGCCUCCCUCCUCCCUGUGCCUCCCUCCUCCCUGUCCCUCCCUCCUCCGUGUGCCUCCCUCCUCCCUGUGCCUCCCUCCUCCGUGUGCCUCCCUCCUCCCUGUGCCUCCCUCCUGCCUGUGCCUCCCUCCUCCCUGUGCCUCCCUCCUGCCUGUCCCUCCCUCCUCCCUGUGCCUCCCUCCUCCGUGUGCCUCCCUCCUCCCUGUGCCUCCCUCCUCCGUGUGCCUCCCUCCUGCCUGUGCCUCCCUCCUCCCUGUCCCUCCCUCCUCCCUGUCCCUCCCUCCUCCGUGUGCCUCCCUCCUCCCUGUGCCUCCCUCCUCCCUGUCCCUCCCUCCUCCGUGUGCCUCCCUCCUCCCUGUGCCUCCCUCCUCCGUGUGCCUCCCUCCUGCCUGUGCCUCCCUCCUCCCUGUCCCUCCCUCCUCCCUGUCCCUCCCUCCUCCCUGUCCCUCCCUCCUCCCUGUCCCUCCCUCCUCCGUGUGCCUCCCUCCUCCCUGUGCCUCCCUCCUCCCUGUCCCUCCCUCCUCCCUGUGCCUCCCUCCUCCGUGUGCCUCCCUCCUCCCUGUGCCUCCCUCCUCCCUGUCCCUCCCUCCUCCGUGUGCCUCCCUCCUCCCUGUGCCUCCCUCCUCCGUGUGCCUCCCUCCUGCCUGUGCCUCCCUCCUCCCUGUGCCUCCCUCCUCCCUGUGCCUCCCUCCUCCGUGUGCCUCCCUCCUCCCUGUGCCUCCCUCCUCCGUGUGCCUCCCUCCUCCCUGUGCCUCCCUCCUCCCUGUCCCUCCCUCCUCCGUGUGCCUCCCUCCUCCCUGUGCCUCCCUCCUCCCUGUGCCUCCCUCCUCCGUGUGCCUCCCUCCUCCCUGUGCCUCCCUCCUCCGUGUGCCUCCCUCCUCCCUGUGCCUCCCUCCUCCCUGUCCCUCCCUCCUCCGUGUGCCUCCCUCCUCCCUGUGCCUCCCUCCUCCGUGUGCCUCCCUCCUCCCUGUGCCUCCCUCCUCCCUGUCCCUCCCUCCUCCGUGUGCCUCCCUCCUCCCUGUGCCUCCCUCCUCCGUGUGCCUCCCUCCUGCCUGUGCCUCCCUCCUCCCUGUCCCUCCCUCCUCCCUGUCCCUCCCUCCUCCCUGUCCCUCCCUCCUCCCUGUCCCUCCCUCCUCCGUGUGCCUCCCUCCUCCCUGUGCCUCCCUCCUCCCUGUCCCUCCCUCCUCCGUGUGCCUCCCUCCUCCCUGUGCCUCCCUCCUCCCUGUCCCUCCCUCCUCCGUGUGCCUCCCUCCUCCCUGUGCCUCCCUCCUCCCUGUCCCUCCCUCCUCCCUGUCCCUCCCUCCUCCCUGUCCCUCCCUCCUCCGUGUGCCUCCCUCCUCCCUGUGCCUCCCUCCUCCGUGUGCCUCCCUCCUCCCUGUCCCUCCCUCCUCCGUGUGCCUCCCUCCUCCCUGUCCCUCCCUCCUCCGUGUACCUCCCUCCUCCCUGUCCCUCCCUCCUCCCUGUGCCUCCCUCCUCCGUGUGCCUCCCUCCUCCCUGUCCCUCCCUCCUCCGUGUGCCUCCCUCCUCCCUGUCCCUCCCUCCUCCGUGUGCCUCCCUCCUCCGUGUGCCUCCCUCCUCCCUGUGCCUCCCUCCUCCGUGUACCUCCCUCCUCCCUGUCCCUCCCUCCUCCCUGUGCCUCCCUCCUCCGUGUGCCUCCCUCCUCCCUGUCCCUCCCUCCUCCCUGUGCCUCCCUCCUCCCUGUCCCUCCCUCCUCCGUGUGCCUCCCUCCUCCGUGUGCCUCCCUCCUCCCUGUCCCUCCCUCCUCCGUGUGCCUCCCUCCUCCGUGUGCCUCCCUCCUCCCUGUCCCUCCCUCCUCCCUGUCCCUCCCUCCUCCGUGUGCCUCCCUCCUCCCUGUGCCUCCCUCCUCCCUGUGCCUCCCUCCUCCCUGUGCCUCCCUCCUCCGUGUGCCUCCCUCCUCCCUGUGCCUCCCUCCUCCCUGUGCCUCCCUCCUCCCUGUGCCUCCCUCCUCCGUGUGCCUCCCUCCUCCUUGUGCCUCCCUCCUCCCUGUGCCUCCCUCCUCCCUGUGCCUCCCUCCUCCGUGUGCCUCCCUCCUCCCUGUGCCUCCCUCCUCCGUGUGCCUCCCUCCUCCCUGUGCCUCCCUCCUGCCUGUGCCUCCCUCCUCCCUGUGCCUCCCUCCUCCCUGUCCCUCCCUCCUCCCUGUGCCUCCCUCCUCCGUGUGCCUCCCUCCUCCCUGUGCCUCCCUCCUGCCUGUGCCUCCCUCCUCCGUGUGCCUCCCUCCUCCCUGUGCCUCCCUCCUGCCUGUGCCUCCCUCCUCCCUGUCCCUCCCUCCUCCCUGUGCCUCCCUCCUCCGUGUGCCUCCCUCCUCCCUGUGCCUCCCUCCUCCCUGUGCCUCCCUCCUCCGUGUGCCUCCCUCCUCCCUGUGCCUCCCUCCUGCCUGUGCCUCCCUCCUCCCUGUCCCUCCCUCCUCCCUGUCCCUCCCUCCUCCCUGUGCCUCCCUCCUCCGUGUGCCUCCCUCCUCCCUGUGCCUCCCUCCUCCCUGUCCCUCCCUCCUCCGUGUGCCUCCCUCCUCCCUGUGCCUCCCUCCUCCGUGUGCCUCCCUCCUGCCUGUGCCUCCCUCCUCCCUGUCCCUCCCUCCUCCCUGUCCCUCCCUCCUCCCUGUCCCUCCCUCCUCCGUGUGCCUCCCUCCUCCCUGUGCCUCCCUCCUCCGUGUGCCUCCCUCCUCCCUGUCCCUCCCUCCUCCGUGUGCCUCCCUCCUCCCUGUCCCUCCCUCCUCCGUGUGCCUCCCUCCUCCGUGUGCCUCCCUCCUCCCUGUGCCUCCCUCCUCCGUGUACCUCCCUCCUCCCUGUCCCUCCCUCCUCCCUGUGCCUCCCUCCUCCGUGUGCCUCCCUCCUCCCUGUCCCUCCCUCCUCCCUGUGCCUCCCUCCUCCCUGUCCCUCCCUCCUCCGUGUGCCUCCCUCCUCCGUGUGCCUCCCUCCUCCCUGUCCCUCCCUCCUCCGUGUGCCUCCCUCCUCCGUGUACCUCCCUCCUCCCUGUCCCUCCCUCCUCCCUGUGCCUCCCUCCUCCGUGUGCCUCCCUCCUCCCUGUCCCUCCCUCCUCCCUGUCCCUCCCUCCUCCCUGUCCCUCCCUCCUCUGUGUGCCUCCCUCCUCCCUGUGCCUCCCUCCUCCCUGUGCCUCCCUCCUCCCUGUGCCUCCCUCCUCCGUGUGCCUCCCUCCUCCCUGUGCCUCCCUCCUCCCUGUGCCUCCCUCCUCCCUGUGCCUCCCUCCUCCCUGUCCCUCCCUCCUCCCUGUGCCUCCCUCCUCCCUGUGCCUCCCUCCUCCGUGUGCCUCCCUCCUCCGUGUGCCUCCCUCCUCCCUGUCCCUCCCUCCUCCGUGUGCCUCCCUCCUCCCUGUGCCUCCCUCCUCCCUGUGCCUCCCUCCUCCCUGUGGCCAAAGUGAAUGGAAAGGACAUCUCCAAAGCCACCCAUGACCAGGCGGUGGAAGCCUUCCGGAAGGCCAAGGAUCCCAUCAUGGUGCAAGUCCUCCGCAGAGCCCCACACCCCCCACUGCUCUGCCCCACGUCUGACACCCACCUGUCGGAGAGCAGCACCCAGACCGAGCUCAGCCUGCAGCACCUCAUGGCCCUCUCCAAGCUGCCUCCCUCUGCUCCGGACGACUACCUGCUGCCACAGGAACUUCCCACUGGACAUGCAUACUUUGACCCCAACGACUUUCUCGAGGGAAUACCGCAAGACAUCGAACGUGAAGAGAUGGAAUAUGAGGAGGUGGAUUUGUAUCGUGCAAACAUCCAAGAAAAGCUGGGCCUGACUAUUUGCUACAGGACGGACGAUGAAGACGAGGCUGGCAUCUACAUAAGUGAAAUUGACCCAAAUAGCAUCGCUGCAAAAGAUGGCCGCAUCAGAGAAGGAGACAAAAUCAUUCAGAUAAAUGGAAUUGAGAUCCAAAACCGUGAAGAUGCUGUGGCGCUACUGACCAGUGAGGGCAACCAGAACAUAUCUCUACUUGUGGCCAGGCCGGAAAUACAGCUGGAUGAAGGCUGGAUGGAUGACGACAGGAACGACUUCCUGGACGACCUUCACAUGGACAUGCUGGAGCAGCAGCACCACCAGGCCAUGCAGUUCACUGCCAGCAUGCUGCAGCAGAAGAAGCACGUGGAAGAUGAUGGCAUGACAGACACAGCCACUUUGCUGUCCAACCAUCAUGAGAAAGACAGUGGACUUGGUCGCACAGAUGAGAGUACAAGAAACGACGAGAGCUCCGAACAAGAGAACUUGUGUGAUGACCACACCACAGCCUCAAACACACUGGGCAGCUGCCGCAAACUCACAUACAGCCAGGACACGCUUGGAAGUAAUGACCUACCCUUCAGUGGGGAAUCCUUCAUUUCUGCUGACUACACUGACACAGACUUCCUGGGAAUCCCAGCUGACGAGUGUGAGCGCUUCAGGGAGCUGCUGGAGCUCAAGUGUCAGAUGGGACAGGUUGUAGAGGGGGUGUACUGCCAAGGGGCUGCCGGCCAGGACGGGGAGUGUGUGGACAAAGAGUUGGAAAUGCUGAACGAAGAGUUACGUACUAUAGAGUUGGAGUGCCUGAACAUUGUCAGAGCUCACAAGAUGCAACAGCUGAGGGAGCAGUGUCGUGAAUCCUGGAUGUUACACAACAGCGGAUUUAGAAAUUACAAUACCAGUAUUGAUGCCCGGCGUCAUGAACUGUCAGAUAUAACAGAGCUGCCGGAGAAGUCCGACAAGGACAGUUCCAGUGCCUACAACACGGGGGAGAGCUGCCGUAGCACCCCGCUAACUUUAGAGUUAUCACCAGACAAUUCCCUCCGCAGAGAGAACCAGGAGGCGCUGGCAGCAGGGCCCUCUAUGAGCGUUACCGGCCGUGGGAUAAAACCACUGCUCUCUCCUGUCCUUGAGGCUGGAGGGCCAAGUCGCAGCAGAACGAAAGACAAAGAUGAAGCACUACAACCCGUACCUAAAGAAAGGAAGUCUACUCGUGGAUUUCAACACUCCCCGUACAAGCACGCCCACAUCCCAGCUCAUGCUCAACACUACCAGAGCUACAUGCAGCUCAUUCAGCAGAAAUCUGCUGUAGAAUAUGCCCAGAGCCAAAUGAGCCUCGUCAGCAUGUGCCACGACCCCAUCAGCCCACAUGACCUGGAGCCAAAGAUGGAGUGGAAGGUUAAGAUUCGCAGCGACGGCACACGUUACAUCACCAAGCGGCCUGUGCGAGACAAAUUAUUAAGAGAACGUGCUAUCAGGAUUCAUGAAGAGCGAAGUGGCAUGACCACAGACGAUGAUGCGAUCAGUGAGCUGAAGAUGGGCCGCUACUGGAGCAAAGAGGAGAGAAAGCAGCACGCCGUCCGAGCCAAAGAGCAGAGGCAGCGGCGCGAGUUCAUGAAGCAGAGUCGCGCUGACUGUCUCAAGGAACAGUCUGCUGCUGAAGACCAGAGAGAGCCCACUAUCAUCCAACUCAGCCAUAAAAAGAUGAUGAAAAAGAGAAGCAAGAAAAUAUUUGACAACUGGAUGACCAUCCAAGAACUUCUGACCCAUGGCACCAAGUCGCCAGAUGGGACCAGGGUGUACAACUCAAUCCUGUCCGUGACCACGGUCUGA